ACAAUGCAGACAAAAGGGAUAAACGGUAAGGGCCUGGGCUCUGCUGCUAAGACACCGAAACCCUUUUGUCAACUCGCAGCUGCUGCCUGGCCAAAGUCUUGCCUUGCUCCCAGCCAGUGUGACGGACUCCAGGCUGUGGUACUUGGUCAGCGCCCGCGUCUCUCUGCACUGUGACCUCCAGGCAGCAAGAGCUGCUUUCUAAGAGGCCAAGCAGCAAUUCUGGAUUUGGCUUGAGGGCCGUUAGUGCUUUUUCUGUGCAGCCAGAGGACGGGCGCGAGGGGGGGCAUGGCUGGUCGGGAGAAAGCGGGGCAGAUGAAACCGAAGGAGUCGCCAGAGAAGAAGGUCCGGACAAAUCUCCUUCAGCACAUGCUCAGCAGGCGAGCCCCCCCUGCCAAGGAGGAUACGAAAUCGCUUCUGCACAGGCUGGUAUUUCUGGCUAAGAUCUCCCCGGAGCUGGCCGACAAACGGGAUUUAGCAGGGUACUGGCACCGCCUCUUCCUGAGUCUGCAGCGCUACUACCAGGGCGAGGGGGUCACGGGCCUUCUGCUGCUCUACCCCACCUAUGUGGUGCACACCCUGGAGGCCUCCAGCGAGGUGCUUUACUCCAUCCUGAGGGACCUGCGAGACAUGCAGCCCCAGCAGCACAGGGCCCUUGUUCUAGAGCCCAAGAUCCUGGUGCUGUCCCACAACAUUCCCUCCCGGCUCUUCCAGCAGUGGAGCUACAAGGUGCUGGCUGUGCCCAGCAGGCACCUGGGCUAUGACACCUCGCGCGAGGAGCCAAUUGAGACCAUCACUGGUGAGUGCCUGGCGAUGCUCCUGAAACUGGGGAUGCACCUGCUGAAAUACCCCAAGAGCCCCCCAAACCUCCCUGAUGCCGUUCUGGAGGAGGUCCCCAACUUAAUUGUUCCCCAGGACACCAUCUGCCACCUCCUGGAGUGCCGGGAGCUCCUGAGCCCUGCGCAGUUCCUGCAGGCCUACGAUUCCCCCUUGAACGUCGUCAUGGACUCAGGGCACGUGUUUGGAAGUGACAACCCGUAUGCUGUAGCGCGUGUGGCCACUGCCUGGGAAGGUGAAGCUGGACGCCGUGAGCUCGUGAAUGGAAAGGAAUCGGGGCCCAUGGAUGCGUGGGGCACGGCUGAGAUUGGAGGGUUGUGGGCAGCAGCCCAGGCACUGCUCCGGCCCACAGCUGGUCAUGCAGUGCUCAGGGUGUGGCUGAUCUCGGCCCAUGAUCGUGGGAAACACCCAAGAGCAGCAUGGGAGAGCGGCUGGAGGAGCCUGCGUCUCACCAGGAGAAUUACGGGCUCAGAUGGACAAAUGGGUUUAAUUGUAAUUAUAUGGGGAUUAACUAGCCAUUGGUUACCUGCCUGUGAUACACGUACAGAGCUCACUGAGCUCCGGUCCUGCAGUGUGUGUGUGUGUUAUAUGCUGUUUUUCCCACAGGACCCCUGCCUCAUUCGGGGCACAGGAUGCCCAGGGCUCGCUGAAUAUGGCAGCUUUCCAACCUUUCUUUUUGUCCUUCUGCUCCAGUGCAUGGGCUGGCAUUACUUAUACCCGCCAUCCAAACUCUGCUUUGAAGCCAGGCUACUCACUGCCUCUCAGGCUGGUCUGGGGCACCCCUGCAGAGCCUGAGAGCUUCACAAACAUUCACUACACGCCGGGGAGCAGGGCAGGGCUAUCAUCGCCGUGUUGCAUAUGGGGAACUGAGGCCCCGAGGGAUUAAAGCCAAACAUGAUCAGAGCCAGGAUACUGGUCUUUACGGAUCCCUGCUCUGGCAAGUCCUGUUUGAUUCUUUUAGAAGCCUGGGAGCCGGCUCAGGUUCAAAGACUCCUCCUCUACCACAACUAGCCAGAGUUAGCAGAGCCACUUUGUUUAGCACCUUCCACCCUCCCCUCCACACUAACAGAGCUCACAGUUCAUUCCACAUAUGGGGAAACUGAGGCACACCAAGCUGAAACGAUUCCCCCAAGAGGGUGGAAGAGCCAGGAAUGGAACCUAGAACCCUCGUCUUCCUCCUGCAGGAGAUGGGUAACAUUGGUCUGGUGGAGUUACUUGUGCUGUCAUGUGGGGAGGGGUCGGACAGACCCCUGCAGUCCUGGACUUUGGGACCCGCUAGGCCAUGCAGCUGAACAGGUGCCAGAAGGAGGAGCUGGAGGAACAACUGUGUUGGUGGUUCCUCUUUAUGCAGGUGGGAGCAAGCCCUGGUCUCCUGGGCCUGUGGUGUAGUGUCCUGACAGCAAGAAGCCACCCCAGGCAUCCCCGCAGCAGGCAGUCCAGGGAGAUCCCAGCCGGUGUGCAUGAGAUGCUGCGUGGAGCAGAUCAAGGAGCCAGCGUUUGCAGCAGUAGGAGCUAGGUCACUGCCAUGCAGCACUGCCCCCGGCCGGAUGGCGUCACUAGGAUUUGUAUAGCACCAUGAUUGUGUGUGACACCUUAGAGACAGGUAAGGAGACAGGGUCCUUGCUCCAAGCUUAUCCACACAGCACUGCAGUGAACAGAGCAGAAACCAUGGGGACAGCAAGACACCACUUCCAGGGGAGAGAUGGCCCCAGGGGUUCACUGUGUCCUUGUCUUACCACUCUUUCCUGUAGG